AUGGUUGUCAAGGUCGGUAUCAACGGUUUCGGCCGCAUUGGACGUAUUGUCUUCCGCAAUGCCAUCGAGCACAACGACGUUGAGAUCGUCGCCGUCAACGAUCCCUUCAUCGAGCCCCACUACGCGGCCUACAUGCUCAAGUAUGACAGCACACACGGCCGCUUCAACGGCGAGAUCAAGGUCGAGGGCAACAACCUGUCCAUCAACGGCAAGACCAUCCGCUUCUACACCGAGAAGGACCCCGCCAACAUCCCCUGGAGCGAGACUGGCGCUUUCUACGUCGUCGAGUCCACCGGUGUCUUCACCACCACCGAGAAGGCUAAGGCUCACUUGAAGGGAGGCGCCAAGAAGGUCGUCAUCUCUGCUCCCUCCGCUGACGCUCCCAUGUUCGUCAUGGGUGUCAACAACGAGACCUACAAGUCCGACAUCGAGGUCCUCUCCAACGCCUCUUGCACAACCAACUGCUUGGCUCCCCUCGCCAAGGUCAUCCACGACAAGUUCACCAUUGUCGAGGGUCUCAUGACCACUGUCCACUCCUACACCGCCACCCAGAAGGUCGUUGACGGUCCCUCCGCUAAGGACUGGCGUGGUGGCCGCACCGCUGCUCAGAACAUCAUUCCUUCCAGCACCGGUGCCGCCAAGGCUGUCGGCAAGGUCAUUCCUGACCUCAACGGCAAGCUCACUGGCAUGUCCAUGCGUGUUCCCACCUCCAACGUCUCCGUUGUUGACUUGACUGUCCGCAUCGAGAAGGGUGCCACCUACGACGAGAUCAAGGAGGCCGUCAAGGAGGCUUCCGAGGGCAAGCUCAAGGGCAUCCUCGGCUACACUGAGGACGAGAUCGUCUCCUCUGACCUGAACGGUGACGACCGCUCCUCCAUCUUCGAUGCUAAGGCCGGUAUCUCCCUCAACAAGAACUUCGUCAAGCUCGUCUCCUGGUACGACAACGAGUGGGGUUACUCCCGCCGUGUCCUCGACCUUUUGGUCUACAUUGCCAAGGUUGAUGGCAACGCUUAG